AUGUCUUUAAUGGAUAAAAAAUCAGAAUUUGAAGAUAUUUACGAUUGCAAUAUAUGUUUUGAUUAUACUGAAAAAAUAUUUCCGAUACCAAAUUGUCGAUGUUCUACACCAUCAGAAAAUAUCAACAAUCAAGCAACGCCAUCCUCAUCUUCAACUAAACCAAUUAUCACAAACCUUAAAAGAAAACGUGAUAAAGGAAAAAGUCGUGAUAAUUCUUCAUUGAACGAUUUUCAUUCUAUAACAGAUUCUUUUUUCACUAGAAAUAGUAAUUUUUUUUCGGAUGAUUUUUAUUCUAGUUUAUCCGAUUCUCUUUUUACGAGAAAAAAAACAAAAAAUGAUGAUUCUAAUGACGAUAGUUUAGAAUAUGAAAAGAUAAACUCGAAUCAA